CCACUGUUGGUGGGCCUUUCAGAGCCUGAGCUCUGCUGCCAGGGAUGGAUGGGACACAGGGACCUUUCCCAUUCCAUCCUGUCCAUUCUCCCAGCUCCCAGCAGUGUGAAGGUGGUGGCAGGAAGUCUUGUCUCCCCAAGGGGGGAGUUCAGGAGUUCAGAGCCAGCCCCUGCCGCUCCAGCCCCUCUAUUUUGCUGCUGCAGGUGAAGAAAUCAGCUAAGAAGUUGCAGCCACAAAACACAGAGCCCGUGAAGAGACCCAGCCAGAAGGAGAAGAAAGGGCGCCCUGAGGAGAAGCCCCGAUCCAGGCCCAUGAAGGUGGAACGGACCCGGAAGCGGUCAGAAGGGUUCCCACCCGACAGGAAGGUUGAGAAGAAGAAAGAACCUUCCGUGGAGGAGAAGCUUCAGAAACUGCACAGCGAGAUCAAGUUCGCCCUAAAGGUCGAUAAUCCGGUAAGACACACCUUGGGGUCAUGAGGAGCCCCUUUCCCUGAUGAAGCAGUCCCUGCCACUCCUUCAUGUCUAGAGCUCCCUUAGAAGUUU